AUGACCCAGCUUACCACAGACCCCAGCUCAUCUCAACAACAUUUGCAAAGCUAUAUUGAUACAGUUGAUACCUAUAGCUUCAAUCAUGGCUCGGGCUUACGGUUUUAUACUAAAACCGUCGUUUUUCACAACCAGAUCACUGCCCAGUACAAUGGCGGGGACGAGAUGUGGGCGUGGAUGAAACGUCUAUUUGGGCAAUUUAAGAGUCUACAGCACGACUUUCACAACCUCUGGGAAGUCAACAAUGAUGACGGCACAACCACGAUCAUGUUCCAGUCGACCCGCAACAUCUGGCUAUCUGGAAACGAGAAGAGCCGACUUUUGCCAUUCCGCUCAGUUGGAUAA